CACACAUACACACACAUACAAACUGGGACGAUCCCCACCAUCUAUACCUGGCUGAUCACAAGUACGGAAACCUGUCAUCAGGCAACUAUUGGGACAUACUGAAGUCAGGUUAACCGGUAUUGAGAAACAUUUUCAAGGCAGCUAUUAGAACAAGACACACAUGUAAUAUCAGACACAGGCUUAACACAACUUGAGGGCAAUCAUACACCAAAGAGAGUAAUCGAUGUAAAAUCAGACCUCAAGAACUCCUUUAUUGUGUGAUUUUACAGGCUGGAACAGAACACACAUACCUUAACAUUAUAGCCGGGAUUAUUUGGAUAGGGUUCCACGAGCAGACCGAGGAAGGAUGAUCUGAGCAGCCGCAACGUGGGAGACGUACCUGCUAAUUCACAGGAUGGUUUUCAGUGAUCAGCAACCUUUUAGAACAGGAAAUAUAAGGCAUUUUCCCAAGCAAAUAAGGACUACGCAGCAACUAUGCUUCUUACUGUGUCUUCUGGCCAUUCCGCAAAUAGCUCAAACUGCUUAUUUUGGAGAGUACAAAGCGGUAUUCAAGAAGCCAUGCACAGAAACCAUGCGCUUAAACAUCUCUGUCCCGGAUCUAUCGCAGUUCACAGUGUGUACCUACAUAAAACUCGCAUCCCCUCUUCCCUGGACUGCAUUUGCUUACAAGUUGCCUACGUCCAAAAUAAAUGGUUAUGAAGUCGGCCUCUUCGGUGACAGCAGUGUUAUGCAAUUAUGGAUGUUUGGCAAACAGAUAACUGUUUAUGAGACACUUAAAGUGAAUACCUGGCAUGAAACAUGCAUCAUAUGGGAUGGCAAAAAAGAAAUGAGCUUUUAUCUUGACGGGUUAUUGAAAAAUAGACAAAAUAUUGGAAAUGACUAUAAAUUUAACGGUGGAGGAAUCUUAUACCUUGGUUGUCUCUACACGGAAGAAAUAAGCUCUGCCUCGUUUCCUGGCUUGGUUGGAGAGAUGUACAUGUUUAGGAUGUGGAAUUCAGCAGAUGAAAAAUUACUCCAAAAAUGCAUAGACGGUACUGUUAUUCAGUGGAACAUGAGCGACUGGAUUUAUACGGGAUCUACCGUAAUACAGGAUUCCACCUUGCAUUGUGCAAAGAAAGAUACAUCUUCAGCUCCGAUCACGACUCCUGCUCAGGAAAUUCUGUUGGCUGAUGCUGCUAGGUUGAUUCGGAAGAGAUCCUUUAGAAAUGCAAAACCAUUUGCAUCUUCAGCUCCGAUCACGACUCCUGCUCUGGAAAUUCCACUGGAUGCUGCUGCUAGCUUGAAUCUGGGGGGAUCCUUUAGAAAUGCAGAAACCCUGAUCAAUAAUUUUCCAAGCAACAGUACUCCUGCUAUUAGCACAACUUCUAGUACACCUUCUGUUGAAAGUACAGCCAAUUGGGUGAACAGUAGUUCAGAUACAGUAUCUAGUACAUCACUACCAAGCAAGAGUACAAAAGGUGAUCAACCUUCAACCUUCAGCGAGACCGAGACUCCUGGUGCUACGGGUUCUUUACACUCCACAUUUUCUAGUUCAACAAAAAUGAACAGCACUACGGUGAAUCAUUUCAGUUUUACUUCAAGUUCAAGUACAUCAAACAUAACAGUCACAGGUACGUAUGAUCCUUAUGUAUGUAAAUGUAAUAAUUUAGAUACGGUUAAAUAUAUGAUUAAGGAAAUAGUGGCCCAACAGUCCUACACCUGUGUACCUUCCCAGCACCUGUACUUUGAAAACCCGUGCAUUGUUUUCAAUGUACUCCGUGACCCUGCGUGCGAUAUAUCAUCUAUUUGUAACGAUUCAGAAAUUUACCACUUUGUUUUCCAGUCAGACGAAACGGGUCUUGAUUCUCACUUUCACGCAAUAAAUGAAAGCACGGGGAAUUGCUCUGUGUUUGUGCGAACUGAAAAUAUUUCACAGCCAUGCACCAUACUGCAGAAUAUAAGACAAGAAAGAAACUUAAGUAGCUUACUGGUUAUUAAGAGACUUCGAACCUGCUGUUGUCCUACUGUUCCAAACGUGUGCCCUACCAAUCUGACAUACUUCAACAACCCUACCUGUGAAGGAACCGAUAUCUGUACUGGAGGUGUUCCUGGCACAAGUACCACCUCGGGUUCUCAUGUCACAAUAAGUACCAGCAGCCAUGCCACCGGAAGUGUGAACAAUAUCACAUCUACCAACAUAUCUCCAAUUCCUACCACCAAUAAGAAACCAAGCAACACAGCAAGUGACUUGAACAGGUUGAAUCAAACCUUGGCAUCUGGGAAUCUUAAUUCAUCUGUGGUGGAUAGCAUUGUGUCUGAAAUCGAAAACAUGUUAUCUGGAGAAGUUAGCCCCGAGAAUGCCGUCUUAUUGGUUGGCGUUUUAAACACUUUUUUAAAUAUUUCAGAGGCCCUUAUAACACCUGUAUCCAAAAGGUUAAUACUGAUCGUAGAUAAAAUUGGCUUACAGUUGACAUUCCCUGGACAGGCUAUAAAUAUCACCUCUAAUUCCUUGGCUUUGGCAGUGAAUAAAGUCAAUGCCUCUUCUUUCACUGAAACAUCCUUCGGUGUUGACACAUCAUCGGGUUUGCAGGUGUCACUAGGUUCACAAGACUCAAUCAAUAAUGACGGGUCUAUCAUUCUACCGGCAUCUUUACUGAAUAGCUUGUCACCUGGCGAGAAGGACAUUGCUUCAAGAGUGCAGUUCAACUUCUAUGAAAAGACCAGCCUCUUCGUGGACAAUUCCUUAACUAAAAAUCAGACAUUGGUUAGCAAAGUUAUAUCAUCAAGUGUUGGCAACAUCACAAUACGUAACUUAAGUGAAAAUGUGACUGUGACUCUAAAAACAUCACCCCUUCAAAAUGAGACACAGUUUUCUAUGCAGUGUGUUUUUUGGGACUUCAAUAAAAACAUGGGAAAAGGAGGCUGGGAGUCCAGCGGAUGCAUGGUAGCCAAUUCAACGCAAAAUGAGACUGUGUGUAAAUGCAAUCAUCUGACAAGUUUUGCAAUACUUAUGGAUGUAUCAAGAACCCAACUCAGCCCAGAAGACACCCUGAUACUAACGUUCAUCACAUACAUUGGUUGUGGUAUAUCUGCCAUAUUUCUCUCCGUGACUCUCGUCACCUACAUUGCCUUUGAGAAGAUCAGGAGGGACUACCCAUCUAAGAUACUCAUACAGCUGUGUGCAGCUUUAGUCUGCCUAAAUCUCACCUUCCUUCUUAAUCCAUGGAUUGCUUUAUAUAAUGACAUCCCAGGGCUCUGCAUCUCCGUGGCCGCAUUUCUACACUAUUUUCUCUUGGUUUCGAUAACUUGGAUGGGUCUAGAAGCCUUCCACAUGUAUCUCUCGCUUGUGAAAGUCUUUAAUACCUAUGUGCGGAAAUACAUGCUGAAAUUCUGCAUUAUUGGAUGGGGUCUCCCUGCUGUUGUAGUGGCCAUAAUAUUGGCUGUGAACAAAGAUUUGUAUGGUCUUCAGUCAAGUGGAAAAUAUCCAAAUGGAUCAUCUGAUGAUUUUUGCUGGAUCCAUGAAAUCAUAUUUUAUGUAACCGUGGUUGGGUACUUUGGAAUAAUAUUCUUGCUGAAUGUCAGCAUGUUUAUAGUAGUUCUAAUACAACUAUGCAGAAUCAAGAAACAGAAGCAACUUGGAUACCAAAGGAAAACCACUUUACAGGACCUAAGGAGUGUGGCUGGAAUCACUGUUCUACUUGGUAUCACCUGGGGCCUGGCAUUCUUUUCGUGGGGACCUGGGAAAGUUGUAAUUAUAUACCUUUUCACCAUCUUCAACACGCUGCAAGGAUUCUUCAUAUUUAUCUUCUAUUGUGUAGCAAAGGAAAAUGUCCGUAAGCAGUGGAGAAGAUAUCUUUGCUGUGGGAGAUUUAGGCUGGCAGAAAAUUCUGACUGGAGUAAAACAGCUACCAAUAAGCUGAAGAAGCAGACGACAAAGCAAGGCGUAUCUAGCAGCUCAAGCAACUCAAUCCAGUCCACCAGCAACUCCAAUUCUACUACGCUGCUAAUAUCCAAUGAGUAUUUUAUGCAUCAGAAUGGAAAUGGAUCGGUUUUCAAAGAAAGAAAUGGUGUUUCCUUCAAGGUGCAGAAUGGCGAUGUUUCACUUAAUGAUUUCCCUGAUCCAAAUUCCACAAAGAAUGGAGACAUGAAAAUGUCACCCACCAAAAGGACUUCCAACAGAGGGAGUGUACAUUUCGUUGACCAAAUGUAAAACUUGGAUUCUGCUGUGCAAAUUUGGGACACUCCAAAAACUCAUCUUUACACAUUUGUUGUAUCACUGAACACAAUUGGAGAAUAUGUAGCAUAGAAGACUUCAGCUGAUCGGAUGCUAUAUUUUUCAUCAUCUAAUAGACUAUUUUAGCGAGAAGAACUUUUAAAUUAAAUGCAAAGCCUGUUUGCAUCUCACAAUUCUACCCUCUGCCAAGUUAUUUGUCAUUUUCACCACGCCGUUUUCCAUUCCUUAAUAUAAUCCCUUAUACUGUAUUUUUAUAUAUUUAAUUUAUGUCUGUUUAAUUUUUUUUAAAUGUUUCCUUUUGUAAAAUAGAACUUGAUUUGCCUUGUAUUUCAGUGUUUGAACCUAGCCCUUAGCAUAUAAAUAUGAGUUUUUAUGGUCAUGUUAUUUUGCAUCACUCACAUUAUCAUAUUGUAAACACUGCCGUGCAUGAUUUUGUGCCUUUUAGGAAUACAAUAGUAAUUUUACUAGAUUCUACCAUGUUUCUGCUUUUUUUUUUUUGCUGUAUAGGAGAGUUAUGUCCUCCCUUCAGAGGUUAUUUAUAAUAAAUGACGAUAGCUGUGAUACCUCCUGAUAUCCUUUUGGGGGCUUGCUGCAGUAAUAAAUUUAGAAAUGAUAAAUCUCGUCAGAAAAAAACAUCUUUUUAGGAUUUUUACUUUAAGGUACAAAUAAGAAUAUGAUGUUUGUGUUUUGGAGUAGAAUUGUAUGCUUUUGCUCUACUGUUCAGCACUAAUCACAAAAAGUGUAGGUACUCAAUUUGAGACACAGGUCUAAUUUUACCUUUCAAGAUACCUUCUAAUCGUGGUGAUACUUAUCUGUCUGGUGUUUAUAGAUAUGCCUUAGAUGCAGUUAAGAAAUCUUAAAACUAUGCACUGCUCUAGGUCAUAAUUAACCAAUAACCAAGAUAAGGGGUCCCAGUCUGAAGGAAUGAGUAAUUGUCUAUCUAUGGAAAAGUAUUAUUUUUACUCAGUAAGGGAAAUGAUAAAGGGAACAUUGUUCAUGCAUGGAUCUAAAAAAGGAAAA